AUGCUUCGCAAGGCGAAGGACUGCCGUCUGGCUGUCUUGGUCAAUUUGCCCUUUAGCGCCCCAAGAGACGUUCAUCGCCAAUGGCCCCUGAAGCUGCUUGGGAGUCCGCUAGCUGUUGCUGUCUCCGUCAACUCGCUGAUGGCGGUGAAAGCGCUCCUUGAUCUUGGGGCCGAUCCAUUUUUGCCUGUCUAUGACGGGAUACAGUUUCAACCAGGAGAUCCUCGCCAACAAUGGACCGCCUUUCACAUAGCAGCGAAGUAUCACUGCGGCGACAUCCUUCAAUAUCUUGUCGAACACACGGACACGAGCAAGCAAUUGGGCCUCUCGGCCCUUGGAUGCGCCUUAGCCUUCUCGACUUCCCUCGAGCGGCUCGCCAUGCACGGUCCACGACGCACCAAGCAACUAGACCGGACAAUUCAGAUCAUCCAGGGUAUCCAGUCCCUCGCCGUCAUGACUUCCAACGGGAUGACG